CCUGCAGAGGACGUGGACGAGGUAAAGGAUCUGGAACUAGAGCCGAAAAAAAAACAAUCGAAUUAUGCUGGACGAUUCACUAAAGAGACUAUAAUAGAGAGGACCCAAUCUCUUAUUGAUAGCUACGACAAAAUGUUUGAUGCAACUUAUCACAACGAUGUAUCUUGCAGUUGGCAAUACGGGGAAUGGAAAAGCCUCACAGCAACCAUCUUUGGGGCGCAAAAUGUGAGAAUCGGACAUUCAACCAAAUCCGAAACUGAUAAAAUUACGAUUCAUAAUAUUAAAGGAGGUUUCUAUAUUGAUACACCAGGGUUCGAUGAUUCUGAUGAAGAUAAGAACGAUGAGGAAACUGUGUUUUCGAUUUCUCUUAAGAUUUUGGAAACGAAAAUUCAGAAUAUAACAACGAUCUUGUGGUCGUGGUAUCCAACGUUAGAACGAAAACCUCGUACAAACGUCAAGCAAGAUUUAUAG